AUGGGACCGGGUACAUGGUUUGGGGCAGAUGCAGGCGAUAAUGGACAGAACGGUGCAGCAAAGACAUAUUCAUUUGUUCCCCUAUCUGGGGUGAACACCAAGAAGAGACCACGCCGUCGCUUCGAUGAGAUCGAGCGCCUCUAUGUCUGCAACUGGGGAGAUUGUGAAAAAGCCUAUGGUACUCUUAAUCAUUUAAAUGCACAUGUCAACAUGCAGAAGCAUGGACCAAAGCGUCAUCCAUCUGAGUUCAAGGAGAUGAGGAAAGAAUGGCGACGCCAGAAGAAGGCAGAAGAAGAGGCGGCCAAGCAGGCUGCGGCGGCGUUCCAACAGGAGCAACAACAGCAAAGCCAGCAAAUGCAUCAUCAGAACCAAUUCCAGUUGUGUGAUCCGAUCCUAAACAAUAUGCAACAUGGUCAUCCUCUUUCGAUGCAUCCAUUGGGUCACCACCAGCACCAGCCACAUCAGCUCCCUCAUCCACAUGCUCACCCAAAUCAAUAUCACCAUCACUCACAACAAGGGAUGCAAUCUCAACAUCAUCACCAGCAUCCUAUGGGAUUUUAA